ACAACCAUAGCAACAACAUUAUCGAGAAAAUGGCCGCCGCAAAGGAGCCUGCUUUGCUAAACUCUUACGAUUUAACAGGACUUCUUGCUCCUGAACAAGAAAGGAAUGUUCCAAAUCAUUUAAUAGAUACAAAAAUAUUUGCCAAACUUGGACAUAAUGAAUUACUGCACACCAGUCCAGCAACUAUUGAAUUCAAUGGGUUUGAAGUAGGAAAGGUUCAGUCCAAGUCUCUGAGAAUAAUAAAUGCAUCUGCAGAGAGACAAAGAAUGCACAUUGUUCCACCUACUUCACGAAACUUCAGAAUUAAAUACACCAAAGAGGACACUCUGGUACCAGGGCUGCAUCUUGAAGUGAAAGUUCUUUUUAGAGGGUCAGAAUACAAAUAUUAUAAAGACUGUAUUCGAAUCCACAGCAAGGCCAAAGAAAAUCUUAUUGUACCACUUUAUGCUUAUCCAGUAAUGAAUAUUGAUGCCUUUCCAGACAACCUUCAUUUCCCACCUACUCCAAUCGGUCAUCGGAGAACGAAAUCAAUACCUCUCCAAUGCAAUGUUCAGGUUGAUUUUGAGUUCAGGAUUUCUGUGAUACAAAACCACUCUUCGUUUACUAUAAACCCCAUGUCAGGAUUUAUUUGUGGUGGCAACAAAGUAGACAUCGAAAUAGCUUUCACCCCAGAAGAAUACUCUACAGCCCAGAUGCAAUUUCAAGUUUUGGUUUCUGAGUUUAACGCGAAACCAUUGAUAUGCUCAGUCACAGGGACGUCUAUUCCGGGAUUGGCUAAAGAACAAUUUCAGCAAACUAUAGAAACUAACCCACCGCUCAUGCCAAACACUAUUGAAGGCACUGUCGAUCCAAGAGCGUUGAGUCCUCUAAACAGAUCAAGAAACAGGAAAGCUGAACGAAAGAAGCCUGGUAACCAGUUUCAGAAUCCAUCAACGACGGAAAUCAUACAGGAUGGCGUCAGGUUUCCCGCCAACUUAAACAACCCUGCAGCUGUCGCCAAUGUACUAACUCAGAAAACUGGCAAACUCAAAGCAAAAGAUCUUAGAGAAGCCGUUAGGUUGCAGGAAAAAAGCUCAGUGACGACAAAGCAGAUGAAGGAGGCAGUAUUUGAGCAUCUUGUGGGUCGGGCAAUAGCGGAAGAGGAAAGAAAUCAGAUGAGAUGGUGUGUUAAGCUUGGGGAUGAUCCUUUAUCAAGCCUAGGACAAGAAAAAGUAAUCAACGAUCGAGAAAAGGCUGUUGCUGAGUACCAUAUCCAGCGUGGAGACCCGCAGAUGGAACAGGAAUUCAACAGAUCAGUGACGCUGGUCUCUGUUUCAAGAAUCCACAGACAGGCUUUGGAGUAUGCCAAUGAUGAACCAUCAUUUGACAUUUAUGCCAACGACAUCUGGAGUAAGAGACACUCGACAUUGGGCAAAUUUGUUCAGGCCGCAAGAAAGGUUAUGGUUCGGGAGCGAGUUCAAAAGCGUAUACAUGGGCUCGAUGGAUAUGUCAGUGAUUGGAGAAGGGGGAAAUUUUCCGUAGAUCAUGCACGUAACUGGAAUGAGUUAGAUGAAGAACAACAGAUUAUCAAUAGAAUGUCCACUGCCAUUAACCCAACAAACGUAAAGAUCUUUUCAUUUCCCGAGUAUAAAGAUCCGAAAAAGAAAGAUGAUAUGGCUGUUGAUGCUCUUGGGACGGUUUCAAUAACAACAACUGAAGUAAACAUAGAAACAAAAGUUCGCUUCUUUGAUUUAAAGGUGCCUUCACAGUACAAGGUUCUUGGGUACACAGCCCAGAGCGUGCCUACAUCGAUAUACAUCCCAAAGAAUUUAGCCAGACCGUUGCGAGAUAGCUCGGGUGAAGCGAAAUCGGACACUUUUAGUGAGAAAUUUGGGGACAAAGAAACCAGUAGCAAUGUUUUGGAAGAUGUGAUUUUAGAGCAGGAGGAUGGAAAGAGCUCAAAAAUACAGUCAACGGUUCCUGAUCGUCUGGGUAUAAGUGCAUUCGCCGCUACCAACGACGUCACUGUCGAAGAGUUUCAUCUUGAAGCACCCUCUGUCUUAUUCAAAGAAAGAGAAUACCCUCCUCUCCAUAUAUUUAAUCCUGAGCCAGGGUUGUUACUGCAUGCGCCUUUAUUGCGCUAUACGGAAGCCAACGACAAAAACAGAUUAUUACCUGUUCCAACUGGAACUGAUAACCGAUCCACGAUCAAAUUACACAAAGAGGAUGUGAUAAGUGGUGCGAUGACGUGGAAACGCUUGCCUCUUCAAGGGCUGGUCACGCUGAAUAAUACCCCGUCUAUGUCUGCUGUCUAUGUACCGCGAUGGUCUGAUCCGUUUAAUGAUAAUCUGAUGCCGUUGAUGACGCCAGAUUUGUUAAAGGAGCUCCCAGAAGAAGACGCCUCUAUUGAAGAAGAUGAUGAAGAGUCAGAAGAACCGACAAUCAUUCCAUCCAUGGACAUGGUGCAUGCGCAGUUUACUAUACCAAACCAAACAGCUACUGAAGGCCAUGGAACAAGCGAGUUAUUGUCGGGACGAUUGCCAACGACGAACAACCCAAUCGGGAAGUUAGGUCCUGUACCAAGAACAACAAAGCAAAAAGAGCUGGACAAGUUCGUGCAGGAUAAGAAGGACAGGCUUGGACAAAGAAUUAGAAUAAACACAGAAAGCCUGAAGUCGUAUUUGCGACUUGAGCCAAAUUAUAAAGACAAAAAUGCUUAAUAUGGAUAAGGUCCGUCUCUUUUGUAAUGGUUUUAUGUAUUUCUGCAGCAUUUUCCAUCAAUCAUCCAAAUUAUUUGUAUAUAACGCAGUCAGUUGAGCAUUGUAA